GUUUGGUUUCAGAACCGAAGAGCCAAGUGGCGGAAGCGGGAGAAGUGCUGGGGCCGGAGCAGCGUGAUGGCUGAGUACGGCCUCUACGGCGCCAUGGUGAGGCACUCCAUCCCUCUGCCCGAGUCCAUCAUCAACUCUGCCAAGAGCGGGCUGGUGGGAUCCUGCGCCCCAUGGCUGCUGGGGAAGGGGGUGGGCAUGCACAAAAAGUCCAUGGAGGUGAGCAGGAAGGCGGAGAGCCAAGAGAAGCUGGCAGAUGGCUGGCGAGCAGAGCAGGAGGAGGAGGAGCUCAAAGGGAAGCAGGCCAGUUCCCAGAGUGGCUCUGACAAGCUUGGCCCUGCAAAAGAUUCAGAGGACACAGCCAUCGACCUCUCCAGGACAGCCAAGCAUGAGAAGAGGGGGGUACUGAGGCAGUGCAUCAACGGGGACCCCCCCACGGAACAGAAGGACAGGGACCACUGA